AGCACAUGCUGCUCCCUUUACGAGGUACUUAGUAAGUAGAGUACCUUGCUGAGUAUGAUCAGUACCAUGGUACCAGUAAUAUCUACUAUCAAUCGAAGUCAGGAAUGUAUCUUUUCGAACCGUCAAAUCCAGUAAUUCAACUCUAGUAGAAGCGAUUGUCUUAUUCGACAUAUUCGACUGAUUCGCUGUGGAUUGCUUCUGACACCCGGGGGUGAACGAAACACCAUACUUUGUCCUCUCCCCUUCCCCCUUCUGCUCAACUUUCAGACAUCCUCGUUGAUUCUCACUCUCACUAGAACGUCCAGGGGUUGAAAGGAAGAAGAAGCAGAUGUGAUUUGAACGAUACAAAUCCUAUACUUUGAACUUCGACUGCGACUUUAUCUUCUUUCGGUAACAUGCGAACUUUUGGGUGUUUGGUAAGAUGGUCUUUGGCCUUAUUCGCGUUGGUGAGGGCGGAUACGAACAGUUCAUGUGGAGAUGAAUGUAUUUCUCAGCUACGAACGAAUUUGCCUCGAUACGGAUGCGACACUUCCGAUACUGCCUGUCUAUGUCGUAACACUAUCCUCAUGCCGGAACUUCGAGCAUGUACUAUCGAAAUCUGUCACGAGCCACAAGCAUGGGAUGAUGCUUUCACAUAUAUCGACAACCUAUGCGCAUCCGUAGGGGUUGAAACCAAUGUUGGCUAUUACCCUUCUUCCUCUUCAUCCUCCUCCUCCUCCUUGGUAUCAUUAUCAACAUCUUCUCGAGCGUCUGGAAGCUCUACAUCGAGACCUUCAUGGGCUACACCAUCAGUGGUUAAUCCCGGUGGACCAAUCAAUACAACUCUCUCGUCCUCUCUUUCUUCGUCCUCCUCCUCGACUUCAUCUACCACUUCUUCCUCCCUUUCUUCUUGGUCUUCCACCAAUACAGACACAUAUCAGACCGGCGACGACGCUCCUACUACCAUCUCCGCCCCUAGUAUGUCAGAGACGAGUAGCAGCGAGACGGUAACACCUCUCGCUAUACCCACAGCUCCCACUGGGUCCAGUUUGAGACAUUCUAGUUCGCGUACUUCCAGUAGGACUUCCAGCACAGCGGGAGGGACGAUUCCCACAGCGUUAGCGGGGAUUGGAUGGGUUGCAAUUGUGGCUGGGGCAGCGGCGGUAUUGUAACUGGUCGUAGUCAGGUUCAGUAGUACAGUAGUAGUAUACCGGGAGUUUAUAGCGGAUUAUGGUCGAAGCUGGACUUCUACUGUACAUUCAUGUCGCUGUCAGUGACUAUAUAAAGUAAGUUGUUAAAAUGUCUUGGCAUGCAAAAAAGGGGGUAACAUUUUC